AUGUCUGACGCUACCUACCACACCACUGGCCAGGACAUCCGCAAGGCGGAGUCGAAGGUUGCCCAGUCUCAUGGCGGCAAUCUCCCUGGCGACUCUGACAUUUCUCAGUUGAAGUCUGUCAUUGACCAGAACACCAACAAGCCCGCCGAAAUCGAGAAGACCAAGGCCAAUUUGCCCUUGCCUGAUCAGCCCCCUGUGGCCAGUGACUGGAACUCUCUUGACCAGCGUACCACCGCUGUUGGCUCUGGCCGUUUUGAGUUCCCUCCAGACCAGAGCGGUCUCCGUGAGGGUGCCACUGCUGGCAGUAGCGCCCGCAUUGAUGGGGAGCAGCUUCACAAAACCACUGCCCCGGGAGACAAAGUUGGUCGCCAGGGUGUUGAGGGACUGAACAACCUCCCUUCCGAUGCUACGACCCGUUAA